AUGCGCACCAACGGGUUCGAGAAGCCCUUCUCACGAGACCAAGCAACGAGCUGGAUCAUCCAGCUCACCCUGAUCGGAAGCUUCAUCACCUUCGUAUCGGCACUGUUCAGCUGGGAUAAGUGUCUUGCAAUCCUCCUCCCAAAUGCCGUUCUGGUGACCAUCGUCAUCACAGCGUGGUGCAUCUGCGAAUCGAGGGACCCUGCAAAGCCCUCAAGGUACUGCGGUCUGUGCUACAAGAACAGCCCUGGACUCGACCACCAUUGCACGUGGCUAAACACGUGCAUCGCUGAGAGCAACUACGAGGCGUUUUACUGCCUUGUGGUCUCAGCGACGUGCCAGACGCUGCUGCAGACUGUUAUCGGCAUCCUCAUGUGCACUCUGUGGCAGUCCGAGGUGAAGGCCAACGCCGCUGAGGGCUGGGAUCAAGCAGUGAUCGCUCUACUGUGGAUCCACAACGCUGCCUGCUUAUCGCUGACCAACUCGUUCGUUCUCUUGGCUGGCUUCCACACGUAUCUGUUGCGCGUGGGAAUGGGCACGUACGAUUUCAUCCUGGCAAACGGGUCCGAUGGUCUGUGCACUCGCAUGCUCAAGUGCAAUUGCCUCCGCCGCAAGAAGACGGGGAAUCGGAAGCGCAGCCACGUCCAGCACGGCGAUGUCGACGAAACCAAGAGCGCUAAGGGUAGUGCGACGAGAUCGAGAAGGGGGUCGCCCCCGGCUGCCAUCACGCCCGCGAGUCUCUCAGCUCCGUCGUCACUGCGGUCGCAGACGUCCCUGGAGCAGGCGGCGGCAGCGGCAGCGCUCGAGGUUGCUGGCAGCGUUGCGCCCCCCACGCUGCCGGACAUGGUGCUCAGCGUGGGCGUCAACGAGAGCGAGGGCAUCUUCGAGGAGGUCGACCUGAGCAGCCCCCCGAAGCCCAAGAAGUCGUCGGGAGCAGUGGUGGCCCCAGCCACGACGGUCUCAUGA